UCCGGGGGCUCAUGCGCAAUGGAGGGGUGGAGUCUCCCUCGUGACCUUUCACCCCAGCAUGGCUGCGCCCGUGGGACAGGUGAAGUUCUGGCGACCCGGUACAGAGGGACCCGGCGUCAGCAUCUCUGAAGAGAGACAGAGUCUAGCCGAAAAUUCUGCAACAACCGUUGUUUACAAUCCUUACGCUGCCCUUUCCAUAGAGCAGCAGAGGCAGAAGCUGCCGGUGUUCAAGCUUCGGAAUCAUAUAUUAUACUUGGUCGAAAACUAUCAGACAGUGGUGAUUGUCGGAGAGACGGGAUGUGGAAAGAGCACACAGAUCCCACAAUACCUUGCAGAAGCUGGCUGGACGGCCGAAGGAAGAGUCGUGGGAGUGACCCAGCCUCGAAGAGUGGCAGCUGUCACAGUUGCAGGGAGAGUAGCUGAGGAAAGGGGUGCGCUGCUGGGCCACGAGGUGGGCUACUGCAUCCGCUUUGAUGACUGCACCGACCCACUGGCCACGAGAAUUAAGUUUCUGACUGAUGGAAUGUUGGUCAGGGAAAUGAUGGUUGAUCCGUUGUUAACAAAAUAUAGUGCCAUCAUGCUGGAUGAAGCCCACGAGAGGACCUUGUACACAGACAUUGCCAUUGGCUUGCUGAAAAAGAUUCAGAGAAAGCGAGGGGAUCUUCGAUUGAUUGUGGCUUCAGCCACUCUGGAUGCAGAGAAAUUCCGGGAUUUCUUUAAUCAAAAUGAGACCAGUGACCCAACAAGGGAUACGUGCGUGAUCCUUACAGUAGAAGGGCGAACAUUUCCAGUGGACAUCUUUUAUCUACAAAGUCCUGUUCCAGAUUAUAUCAAAUCAACUGUAGAGACUGUGAUGAAAAUUCACCAGACAGAGGGAGAUGGAGACAUACUAGCAUUUCUUACUGGCCAGGAAGAGGUGGAAACGGUCGUGUCUAUGCUAAUCGAGCAGGCUCGGGCGCUAGGGCGAACUGGGAUGAAGAGACACCUCCGGGUCCUGCCCAUGUACGCAGGACUGCCUUCCUUUGAGCAAAUGAAAGUGUUUGAAAGGGUGUCACGCAGCGUCAGAAAGGUGAUCGUAGCCACCAAUGUGGCUGAAACCUCCAUUACAAUCAGCGGGAUUGUGUAUGUGAUCGACUGUGGCUUCGUGAAACUCCGAGCCUACAAUCCCAGGACAGCCAUUGAGUGUUUGGUGGUGGUCCCAGUGUCCCAGGCAUCAGCCAACCAGCGCGCAGGACGUGGCGGCCGCAGCCGUUCGGGAAAAUGUUACCGCCUUUAUACAGAGGAAGCCUUUGACAAGCUGCCUCAAUGCACUGUCCCUGAGAUGCAGCGUAGCAACUUGGCACCUGUCAUCCUCCAGCUGAAAGCACUAGGGAUCGACAACGUCCUCAGGUUCCACUUCAUGUCGCCCCCUCCAGCACAGUCGAUGGUUCAAGCAUUGGAGUUACUCUAUGCUCUGGGAGGUCUGGACAAAGACUGUCGCCUCACUGAACCGCUCGGCAUGAGAAUAGCAGAGUUUCCUUUGAAUCCCAUGUUUGCAAAAAUGCUGCUUGAAUCAGGAAAUUUUGGCUGUUCUCAGGAAAUUCUAAGCAUUGCAGCCAUGAUGCAAAUCCAGAAUAUCUUUGUGGUCCCCUCAAACCAGAAGUCUCAGGCAAUGCGAGUGCACCGAAAAUUUGCUGUGGAGGAGGGUGAUCAUCUCACCAUGCUCAACGUGUAUGAAGCGUUUAUCAAACACAAUAAAAACUCUCAGUGGUGCCAGGAGCAUUUCCUGAAUUACAAGGGUCUUGUCAGAGCUGCGACAGUGCGCGAGCAGUUGAAGAAGCUUCUUGUCAAGUUUCAAGUGCCCAAGAAAUCUAGCGAAGGUGAUCCGGAUCCCGUCCUGAGGUGCCUUGUUUCGGGAUUCUUUGCCAAUGCGGCAAGGUUUCAUUCCACCGGAGCUUAUAGGACUAUCCGUGACGACCAUGAAUUACAUAUCCACCCUGCCUCGGUCCUCUACGCAGAGAAGCCGCCUCGCUGGGUCAUCUACAAUGAAGUCAUACAGACCUCCAAGUACUACAUGAGGGACGUGACCGCCAUUGAGUCUGCUUGGCUGUUGGAGCUGGCUCCGCACUUCUAUCAACAAGGAACGCACCUGUCCCUCAAAGCGAAAAGGGCCAAGGUCCAGGACCAGUGAGCAGAGCUCAGCCGCAGGGGCCUCGGUGCCCUCUCCUCCACACUGUGGCCCCCCAGCCCUGGGUAGUGAGCAGGCCCCGGCUCACAUGGAAUCUUCCGCUGUCCUGCAGUGGGCCGCAGCCCGUCCGUUAGCCCCUUCCUUCCCGCUGCCCUCCGUGUUCGCGUUCCUUGCUGGGAUCCCGGGGGAGUCUGUGCAUGAGCAGGCAUCCCACUGUGCUGCACCCAGGCCGAGUGGGGGUGGGAGGGCCGUGCUCUCUGCUCACUCAGCACCCUCGCUGACCCAGCAUGCCACUUCCAGCAGGCACAGAGUUCUGGCCCAGCUUCCUGGGGAACCAGGAGGAAAGCUAGCCACCGCAGGCAGAAGUGCUGUGCAGGGUGGAUGAGGGUUGCUGGGCUGGCUUCGCUUUCCCUGGCGGGGCCACGGCUGUGCUGACCAACGAAGUCCGCUGCCAGGUGUGACAAGCAUGCGUCUACGAAGGGAGGAGACCGCACUGCAGUUUCUGCUGGAGUCACUGAGGCGCGUGUCUGGCAGGCACAGGGGCUCCCCAGGUGAGCAGCUUCUGUUCUCCCUCUGUGCCGUGUCCCUGUCUGUAUGCGGCAGGAGAUGCGCAAGGCUUGGUGAUCGGCAGGUGGGACUCAUGCGCACUGUCCUUUGUUAGCAGAGAAGAUUUCUCUUUCUCACAAGUGGGCUUAGCUUUCUGUCUGCGUAUGACACCACGUCCUGAUGCCAUCAGCUGAGCACCGGUGAGCUCGUCAGCUCAAACCCCGUCGGGAACCCUCUGUCACAGAAAUUCACAACCGUUUAGAGGCUCUAAGCUUCUGUAGCUCAGGAAUACAACUUGUAUAUUUGGUUUUUGUUUGCUUGGGUUCUGUGAGAACACCGGGGCAGUCCCUCCAGCAGGCCCUGGUCUCGGUGCUGCCCCGGGGCUUCUUUGCCAUGAUGACGUUUGCGUUUCAGCACAUGCCGAUGCAGGUGUUUUUCCCCUUACUGUUUCAAUGACCUUUAUUUUAAAAACAUGUAGCUUGAAAAUUUAUUUUUGUACCGAUCUUAGUUUGGAUGUGCCACUUUUGGCACCAAAUAUGUAUGUCAUUUUUAUUUCCAUUUUGUAAACAUGUAAAUAAUAGUGAUAACUUGUUAAUAACAGUAAACCUUUCUACCUAAAGUAAACAUGUUCCCUCCCGCCCAUGGUACUCGUGGUCUGUAUUUUAACAUGGUCCAGUGAAUUCUGAGAGAGGGGCUGACAUUCGCUAAGACACCUGAUGAUCUGGUGCACAGUAGCCUUUGAGGCCCUAUGGACACGGGAAACCUCAUAAAACGAGGUCGAUGCAGCCAUGUGCCCUCAGGAGCUCAUUAGAGCAAACCAUGAGAUGUUGUUUAAAUAAAGUGCGAAAGAGGUGCUAA